UGUCCUUCCGCAUUUGAUUUUUAUCGUUGAAAUGCUUAUCAGUCAAUAUGGCAAAUUUACAUAGGUGUUUCUUAAAAAUUAACUUUACUUAAUUACUUUCAAAGUACGGGUGUUUCAGAAGAAACGAUUCAGCCAAGAUGACAACUUUGUCAACGCUAGUCAUUUUGUUUACAUGUUUUUUAGAAUGUAGUUAUGUUGAUGGUAAAGUGAUCCAAGAUUGUAUCCCUGGGGAGUCACGGCCGGGCAGUUCGCCAUGUGAGCACUGCUCUUGUAUGGAGGAAAAUGGCACUCCCACAUGGAAAUGUUAUCUCCAAGGUUGUCCCGCACCUCCGUGUGAAAAUCCCGUGGUCCCUGAAGGCGAAUGCUGUCCCAUAUGCAAAACAACUCCAAGUAAGAUACCCCAUUGUUCUGUUAUUUAGAAUGCAAUAUUGGAGAUGAGAAACCUGGGAAUACGCCCUGUGAGUUGUGCUACUGUCGACAGGAAGGUGAUGCCAUCGGAUAGAAAUGUUACAUCCGGGAUUGCCCACGACCACCGUGCGAGAAUUAUGUUAUUCCUGAAGGACAGUGCUGUCCAGUAUGUCCCGAGCAACCUAUAUCUGCCGAACAUGGUUCAUUCAUGAACGGCGGUCAAAAGCCCCCAGUAGACACGAUGUCUCCCGAAGAUUGGUGGAACUCGGGCCAAGAAGCACUGACUCGAGCUCUAAAUCUUGAACGUAAUACCAAUGUUGCCAAGAAUACCAUCCUGUUCAUCGGUGACGGUAUGGGUCCUACAACAGUAACUGCUGGAAGGAUAUACAAGGGACAACUGGCUGGUAAUACAGGAGAGGAAUAUGUCCUCAGUUGGGAGACAUUCCCUCAUAUGGCUCUAAGCAAGACUUAUGCCACUGACCGUCAAGGCUCUGACUCGGCAGCUACGGCUACAGCCUACCUUUGCGGCCAUAAGACGGCCAAUGGAAUACUAGGAGUGAACAGCAACGGUAGGAGAAGCGAUUGUUCAACCGUACCUGGUAACGAAGUGUCGUCUAUCCUCAACUGGGCGGAAGCUGCUGGUAAAUCUACUGGUAUAGUUACCACGACCAGGGUAACGCAUGCCUCCCCUUCUGCUCUUUAUGCCAACAUCGUAUCACGGAGCUGGGAGCACGAUACAAGCAGGAUGCCUGCAGAGUGUGAUGUUUUGGGAGUUGAAGACAUCGCUCUACAACUGUACAACAAGGGGGAAAAUAUCAGUGUUGUGUUUGGAGGGGGUCGACAGAAGUUCCAGGGGAGGGGGACCGAGGAUGUGGAGAUUCCAGGAUCAUUUGGACAAAGGAACGAUGAAAGGAACCUCAUUCAGGAAUGGCAAGAUGAUAUGGUUGACAUGGGAAGAAGUCACGCUUUUGUCUGGAAUGAAGAUCAGUUCAACAACUUGGACCCAGCAAAUGUUGAUUACGUUUGGGGACUGUUCGAGAGAAGUCACAUGCAAUACGAGUACGCUCGUGAACUUGAUCUUGGUGGCGAGCCCUCCAUUGCGGAAAUGACAAGAAAGGCAAUUCAGAUUCUCCAGAAAAACGCAAAUGGUUAUUUCCUAUUUGUCGAAGGAGGGAGGAUUGACCAUGCGCAUCAUGGUGGAAGAGCCAACAAUGCUGUAAACGACACGUCGGCGUUAGCAGACGCUGUACAAGUAGCGAUAGACAUCACCAGCGACAGUGAUACAUUAAUUGUUGUUACUGCUGAUCAUUCGCACACACUUGCUUUGGGGGGAUACCCCAGUCGAGGCAACCCGAUUGGAGGAAAGGUUGGUUCAGCAAGUGAUGGUCUACGUUAUACUAGUAUGACAUAUGGUAAUGGUCCUGGUUAUAGAGAGCCACGGCCUGACAUAGAGGAUGUCGACACAGAGGAUAUGUCAUACCAACAGCAGACUGCAGUCCCCUUGGGGUCGGAGACUCAUGGAAGCGAGGAUGUCGCCAUCUAUGCACGGGGCCCCAUGGCUCAUUUGUUCCACGGAGUACAGGAACAACACUAUAUCCCGCAUGCCAUGGCAUACGCUGCUUGUAUAGGUGCAAAUACGGCCCACUGUAAUAGCACACCGUAAAAUGAGAUAAAAUGAAAUACAAUUUGAUGACAUAGAAAUGGA